AUGCAGGCGUAACUUCACCUGAGGGGGAGCAGGAACCCCAAAAUCAUGAUCCUUUGAGAACACAGCAUGUCCAGCUCGUAGUCACUGCUUCGAGGAAGUGGUUCGAUCUUUUUUUCAUAAUUGAAGAAAGAAUACAGAAUGGCGGACAACGCUCCAGCCGCGCGUGGAGGUUUUCGUGGAGGGUUUGGCUCUCGCGGUGGUGAUCGCGGUGGCCCAAGAGGUAGAGGACGCGGAGGCAGAGGAAGAGGACGCGGCCGUGGACGUGGUAAAGAAGACAGCAAAGAAUGGAUUCCAGUGACUAAGCUUGGCCGUCUCGUCAGAGAUGGAAAGAUUGAAUCGUUGGAACACAUCUAUCUUUUUUCUUUACCUAUCAAAGAAUACGAAAUCAUUGAUAAGUUCCUUGGACCUGAAUUAAAAGAUGAGGUCUUGAAGAUCAUGCCUGUUCAGAAGCAAACUAGAGCUGGUCAACGUACACGUUUUAAGGCUUUUGUAGCCAUCGGUGACUAUAAGGGUCACAUUGGUUUGGGUGUGAAAUGUUCCAAAGAAGUAGCUACUGCUAUCCGUGGUGCUAUUAUCUUAGCUAAGCUUUCGGUUGUACCUGUACGCCGUGGUUAUUGGGGAAACAAAAUUGGUGAUCCUCAUACUGUACCCUGCAAGGUCACGGGUAAAUGUGGAUCUGUUCAGGUGCGUUUAAUCCCAGCCCCAAGAGGUACAGGCAUUGUUUCUGCACCUGUACCUAAGAAAUUACUGCAGAUGGCUGGUAUAGAAGAUUGCUAUACAUCUGCAAGAGGAUCAACCUGUACUCUUGGCAACUUUGCCAAAGCCACCUAUGCUGCUAUUGCCAAGACUUAUGCAUACUUAACACCAGAUCUUUGGCAUGAUCAGGCAUUGAGGAAGGCACCCUAUCAAGAAUUUGCUGAUUUCUUAUCUAAGAACCAUAAAGCUGUGGGUGGACAGAGGUCUGCUGAGGUUGUUUAAAUAAUAAACCUCCAUGCAAAGUCUA